AGAAGACGAAGGGGGCGUCUCCCCAGCUCCUGCGGCGUUGGUGGCGAGCUAAGGUGGAGGCAAGCAGCGGCGGCGGCGGCGACGGCGACGGCGACAGUGGCGGCAGUGCCAUGGCGGGGCUCGCAGGUAUCGUGGCGUCGCCCGCCUGGGCAGGGAUCCCUGCUGCCUUGGUGAUCCCGGGCUGACAGCCAGAGAGCACAGCGGCUCAGCUCCUGGAGAGAGAGUCGAAGAGAGCGAAGGGCAGCCACCUGUGCCUGCUGGCUCCCAUUAGGUCGGUUCCUGCAGCGGUGCCUGGCAGCCUUGGUGAAGGCCCUGCCCGGCAGAGAUCAUGUAUUGCCUCCAGUGGCUGCUGCCCGUCCUCCUCAUCCCCAAGCCCCUCAACCCCGCUCUGUGGUUCAGCCACUCCAUGUUCAUGGGCUUCUACCUGCUCAGCUUCCUCCUGGAACGGAAACCUUGCACAAUAUGUGCCUUGGUUUUCCUGGCAGCCCUCUUUCUCAUCUGCUAUAGCUGCUGGGGAAAUUGUUUCCUGUACCACUGCUCCGAUUCCCCACUUCCAGAAUCAGCCCAUGACCCCGGUGUUGUGGGCACCUAACGUCUGCCGAGAUAGCUUGCCAAGGAAGCAGAAGACGGGAGGGGAGGCAUUGACAUAGGUCAUAAAGCAUUGGAGUUUCAAAUCCCGCAGCCCUGCGGGUACCACAUUCCUAAUGGAACCUUUUGGCCUGUGAUGUUUUAUCCUUACAAUGUGAAUAAUGGCACUGAUCGGUGCUUCUAUUGUAGAGUCCUGUAGUCGUGGGUGGUCUUAUGGUUGUGCGUUCUGUCACCAUCUGAGUCCCGGCUGACGGAUUGACCUACCCCCUUGCUCAUUGAUUUGGGGAAUUUAUACCCUUGAUAUGACCUGUGUGGAUACAGUGUAGUCUCAAUGUCACCUCCAUAACCCUUCCUCGUCAAGACCUUCCUUGCUUCCUCCUUAAGUCUCUUUCCCUGUUUUCCCCUUGGUUCUCUCCCACCUCUUUCCUUUUUGGGGGAGCACCUGUCCAAGACAGGGCUUGAUUUUGCACUUAUCUCAAAUUUGAAGAGAUUGCUGAUGCCCGAGAGCCUCGCUUUUUCAUCCUUCGUUCCCUGUUGAGAAGGUGAGACGGAAUCAUGUCUCAGCUGCUCGUUGUCUGCAGACCUCCAGUAUUUCCUCUGCCUCAUUUUUAAAGAAAUAAGCGAUGGGGAGAUAUUGCUCUUUGGCCUGGGUAUCCGGGCUCCUGCCUUCCAGCCCAGCCUCUCUCCCUUCGCUCUUCCUCCUGCCCCUCUCAGCCGACCUAAAGGGGCUGUCUCCUGUCUCCAGUGCAUGCUCUUCAGGAGGGAGAUGUGCAGUAUUCUCGUAGACCCAGUGGUCCCUGGCUGAGUGAAUGGGAAAGUAUUACAUUUUUCAUAGCAGCCAUGAUUCCCUUGAUAGGUGUUUGGAUAUUUUUUGAUGUGCCCUGUAUGUGUGUGUGCACUAGUGUCAGUGUGUAUGUACAUGCGUAUGUGUGAGUGUGUGUGUUGUGUGUAUUUACAUACCAAUACAUGUGUAUAUCCCUUUUGAAGAAGCUUUACUGAAUGUGUUCUGAUUUUGAAGUUUAGUAGUAGUAGCUAGCUGUAGUAGGUCCUGCUGCAGUUUUUAUUUAGCAUGGGGAUUGCAGAGCAACCAGCACAGUGGACUCCAAGGUGGUUCAGACAAGACCCAGGGGAGCGAGCGGUCGCCAUCCCCCUCCCACCGGGAGCCUCCUCAUCCCUGCGCACGUAGACUGCACCUUGAAGAUAUGAAGAACACACAGGAGGGAAGAGUUGGUGACUUUGUGCUCGUUUGCUUUUCUCUGCGCAUCAGAAACAAGUGUUUGCAAAUGAGACUUUCUCCUGGCCCUGCCCACUGGGGAUCUGUUCGUCCAGUCGGAAAUGUACCCCCUCCUCCCCCCUCUUGUGUGCAGGGUGGGGGGGGCAGGCACAGGACAGAGCUGGCAGCAGGCUUCUGGGGAGUGGGACUUGAAGGCCACACUUGUGAAACACUCAGACUGCUGUUGUAAAGCUUUUAUUUCUGGUGUGUUCGUUCCACAGCUGUUUGAAAUGUUUAAUAAAGCUUUAUAAACUUUACUUGUGGUUUUAUGUGGCUGCAGUCCAUUUGGGUCAUGGUGUUGGAUUUCUGAGUUGGUGGGGGGCAGGGUGAAGCACACAGGGCUGAGUCCUUGGCGCCAGAGUACCUUAGCUGGGAAAUCUGACCUGUUCUCUGAAGAACAGAUGCUGGAAUUGGGGAGGAGAGCAGGGGGCAGUUCAGGCAGUAAACAGGAGGGAGUCUGGAAGUUUUCAGAGAUGAGACGUUCGCACUUCUCGGCUCCCGUGGCUUCCUGCCUGAGACUGUUUGCUCUAUAGGACUUGGGGAACUGAUCCCUCGAUAAACAACUUGGGACAGCUGGGGCUCUGAUUAUCAAGGAUUUUUAUGGUGCUGCUUUUGAAGUAAAAAUGAGUGAAACCCCUUGUGGCAUUUCAGUUGGAAAAAUAAGUAAGGCUCAUCAUCCACCCAGCACAUCUUAGGUAACACAGAGAGUCCAGCCAGCCCCUUGCUGUAGAUGUGCCCAUGGUACUGUGAGUGUGACCUGGGACAACAUGUCAGUGCCCUGUG